ACCAUUCAUUGUAUGGGAAUCCGUUUCCCACUUGUCUCUUACAAUAAAAACCUUCCCUUUUCCCUUCAUUUUUCAUUCAUCUUCUUUUUCUUCUUCUUCUUCUUUCAACACCCCCAAAUUUUCUCUUUCUUUUUUUGCCCUAUUUCAAUUAGGGUUUCCAAUUUCCACCAUUUCAUACCUUCAAUUCCUCUCUUUCUCUCCUAAUCUCUUAUGCAUAAUUGCCUUCAAUACUCACAAAUCAAAUUCACCGUCUUCUUCUUCUUCUUUGCUGCUUUUUUUGCACUCUUUGGAGGGUUGUUUCAGCUGCACCCAUGUCUCAAGUCUUCGGCUUUUCUGGUGAUAACUUUUGCCAUGGUGGGUUAUACACAAACCCCAAGGAAGCAAAUUUCUUCCUGUCUCUUGGCCCUCAAGUUGAUGUCUACUAUCCACCUCAGAAGAGAUCACGUGUCAGUGUUCCAUUUGUUUUCGAUGGAGAAUGGUUUGAGCAGAAGCAGAAAACAUCUAUUGAAUCUUUGCCAGAUGAGUGCCUCUUUGAGAUCUUUAGAAGGUUGCCUGUUGGUGAAGAAAGGAGUGCAUCCGCUUGUGUUUCCAAACGCUGGCUUAUGCUUCUAAGCAAUAUUUGCAAGAGUGAAAUCUGUAGCAACAAAAGUACCUCCUCAAAUGACGAGAAUAAAAUGGAAUGUGACAGCGAAGAGUUUGGAGGUGAGGGAUACCUUUCCCGCAGCUUGGAAGGAAAGAAGGCAACCGAUGUCAGACUUGCUGCUAUUGCAGUUGGAACUGCAUCACGAGGAGGAUUAGGGAAGCUUUCAAUCCGUGGAAGCAACUCGGAACGCGGCGUGACAACUCUAGGUCUCAAAGCAGUUGCUAGUGGAUGUCCUUCUCUAAAGUCUUUUUCUUUAUGGAAUGUUUCUUCUGUUGGUGAUGAAGGCCUUAUUGAGAUUGCUAAUGGAUGUCAAAAACUAGAGAAGCUUGACCUUUGCAAAUGCCCUGCAAUUUCCGACAAGGCUUUAAUCACAGUUGCAAAGAAGUGUCCGAAUCUGACCGAGUUAUCAUUAGAGUCUUGUCCUAGCAUUCGCAAUGAAGGUCUACAAGCCAUUGGAAAGUUCUGCCCAAAUCUUAAGGCUAUAUCUAUCAAGGACUGUGCCGGUGUUGGGGAUCAAGGAAUCGCUGGCCUGUUUUCUUCGACUUCUUUGGUUCUGACAAAGGUGAAGCUUCAGGCACUGGCUGUUUCUGAUCUCUCUCUAGCUGUUAUUGGACACUAUGGCAAAACAGUUACCGAUCUUGUCCUUAAUUUCCUCCCAAAUGUUAGUGAGAGAGGCUUCUGGGUUAUGGGAAAUGCUAAUGGAUUGCAUAAACUGAAGUCACUCACAAUUGCAUCAUGCAGAGGAGUAACCGAUGUUGGGAUUGAAGCUGUUGGAAAGGGCUGUCCUAAUUUGAAAAGUGUACAUCUUCAUAAGUGUGCAUUUCUCUCAGACAACGGAUUGAUUUCAUUCACCAAGGCUGCUAUAUCACUUGAAAGCCUACAAUUGGAAGAGUGCCACAGAAUUACCCAAUUUGGGUUUUUCGGCGUCCUUUUUAACUGUGGUGCAAAAUUGAAGGCUCUUUCUAUGAUAAGCUGCUUUGGGAUCAAGGAUCUGGACUUGGAAUUGUCACCUGUAUCUCCUUGUGAAUCACUUCGUUCAUUAUCAAUUUGUAAUUGCCCUGGAUUUGGCAACGCCACCCUUUCUGUACUCGGAAAGUUGUGCCCUCAGCUUCAACAAGUUGAAUUGACUGGACUUAAGGGAGUGACAGAUGCUGGGUUGCUUCCACUGCUCGAGAGCUCUGAGGCUGGUCUUGUCAAAGUCAAUCUUAGCGGUUGCGUAAAUCUUACAGACAAAGUUGUUUCAUCCCUGGUCAAUCUGCAUGGUUGGACUCUUGAGAUUCUGAACCUCGAAGGUUGUAUAAACAUCAGCAAUGCUAGCUUGGCAGCAAUUGCUGAACAUUGCCAAUUGCUUUGUGAUCUUGAUUUUUCCAUGUGCACAAUCUCUGAUUCUGGGAUAACAGCCCUGGCACAUGCGAAACAGAUCAAUCUACAGAUUCUUUCUUUGUCAGGUUGCACUUUGGUUACAGACAGGAGUUUGCCCGCUUUGAGAAAAUUGGGCCACACCCUUUUGGGACUAAAUAUCCAGCAUUGCAAUUCAAUCAGCAGCAGCGCGGUUGAGAUGCUUGUUGAACAUCUUUGGAGGUGUGACAUCCUUUCCUGAACUGCAAGAUUUAAUCUCACACGGCAAUUUAGGCUCGAUACAGAACAUGCAGAAGUCUAGUUACACGGCAUAGUAGUUUUUUGGUCCAUUAACUUUGGGUCUUGAUCAUCAUCCAGCGACUCGGGUCCCUUUUUCCGGAGUAUGCAGUCAUUUAACCAUAUUUUUUUGCAGAUUCCUUUGAUUGGAAUUCUGUUUUUGGCACCAUGUAUUUGGUUUGCUGUUUUUAAAUGGCUGCAUAUCUCUGAGAACACAACUACCGGGUUCUGGAGUUAGGAAUCUUUGUUACUUUGGGUUGGCACCUGAUGUUUUUAGCUCGGCUUUGUAUCGGUUUUGCCACAAUUUCUUAGUUCCCUCUGUCUAUGUUUUUACAGUUAUCUGUACCACGGUGUCCAUAGGUGUUUUGACUCAAAGGGAGGUAUCGGUAUUUGUGCUCUUGUUAGGGUUGUUGCAGUUGUCUAGUUCAGAGUUAUGAUGCCUUGUGUUCGGGGGCCUUGGCUGUGGCAGCAAGUUAUACAUGUCUGCCAUGACAAUCUUUUUCCAUUGGGAAAGGUUGUUUUUUAUACCAGGCCCUAGUUUUUUUAAGGCUUCAUUUUUUUAUGAACUUGUCACUGUAACUUCUAUAUUGUGUACUGAUGCUGAUAUCUGCCCCUUUGUGUUGUAUGGUAUAUUACCACAAUGAUGAAAUAAAAUUUGCAGUUUCUUUCCAAAAGCA